GUCUUCUUAAAUACCUUUCCUCUUAUAGAAGACAAACCCUCUUCUUCUCCAUACAAACACACACUAAACAAAAGAAAAGUAAAGAAAAACAUUAAUUGUACCUUGUUUUUGUACAAUAAAAUCUCAACAAUAACUAGAAAAUGGAGCAAAAUAUAACAAUGUUAUCAAAGAAGGUAUGGAAUAUAGUAAGAGUGGCAAUCUACAUGAUAAGGAAAGGCUUAUGCAAGAAAAAAAUAUUCAUGGAUCUCAACAUGAUAAUGAAGCGUGGCAAAAUUGUAGGAAAAGCCCUAAAAAACCUAAUUUUCCACCAUCACCACCACCAAAACCACCUCGUCUUGGCCUCUCGAGGCAUCGUAGGUGGGGCAUCCAACUUUCCUUACGAUGGUCGAGAGUACGAGUUUAGUUGUAGUAACACCCCUUUAUAUCAUCAUUUUUUUAACAACAGGAAAAAAUCCCACGUCCAAAAUAAUGCUCAAUAUUACAUACCCUCUCCUAUGCCCUUGGAAGAAGCCGAUAACGUAACAAUAGAAGAAGUCAACAAAAUGCUUGAAAUGAUGUUAAGUAAUGAACAUGUAAUAACUACUAGUGGUUUGGCAGCUUCUCCAACUUUGCCGGGCCUUGGGUUCGGGCAAAGCCCCAUGGUUCGGCAGUUACAAAUUACGGACUCUCCUUUUUCGACACAAUAUACAAACGAUAACAAGUACGUAGAUCAAGAAGCGGAGGAUUUUAUUAAAAACUUUUAUUUCCAACUUAAACAACAAAAUUAAUUAAAACCCUAAAAGAUUUAAAUUUGUAUUUAUUUGGAAAGGGGCCAAAAAUACACCAUAAUUGGGUUUUUUGUUUGUAUUCUAGAGUUAGGUCUUAUUUCAUAUUUUUUUUAUUAUUUCUUUUAUUAUAGUGGAAAGAAUGUUUUUGUAAAAGAAAAGGAAAAGACUAGUGAGAUGUACUAUUAUAAUAAUAAUAAUGUUUAAAUUUAAGAAAAAUUGCCUAGAAUAAUCUAACAUAUUUUGUGAUUUUUCUAUA